CGGAGGCGGAGCUGCGGCCCCAUCAUGGCGGAAGCGGAGGAGCAGCAGCCGCAGCCUGCCGCGCCGCAGAGCGGCGGCCGCAGUGACGGCGGGGAGGAGGCCGCGGAGGGCGGAGCGGCGGCGGGGGCCGCCGAGCCGGGACCGCCCGCGGCCGGGUCGCCGGGCACCGAGGAGCCCGCGGGCGACGCGAAGAAGAAAAUUGACGUGCUGCUGAAGGCCGUGGGCGACACCCCCAUCAUGAAGACCAAGAAGUGGGCGGUGGAACGGACCCGCACCAUCCAGGGCCUCGUGGACUUCAUCAAGAAGUUCCUCAAGCUGAUGGCCUCCGAGCAGCUGUUCAUAUAUGUAAACCAGUCUUUUGCUCCAUCUCCAGACCAAGAAGUUGGGACCCUCUAUGAGUGUUUUGGAAGUGAUGGCAAGCUAGUACUGCAUUAUUGCAAAACUCAGGCAUGGGGAUGAACAACAGGCAAUAGAGUUGUUCAGAUAUUCUCUUCAAAAAUGGAAGAAGGACUGUCUUAAACUCAACCUGUAAACACAUGGCAAGAAGGAUUUUUGUGUUUAUGCCUGUGCCUGUAUGAUGCAGGUGAAUAGCAUAAGCAAAGAGCUGCGUUGGCUGUCUGAUCAUGUGGCUUCUUUCUGAUGUGCAUCUGAGGUGCAGAAGAAACACCUGCAAUCUGUAGAGUAGAGCCAGCUCUCUUGCUGCUGACUUCUUAAUUGCUGUAUCUGAAGGGAAGCUAUUUCAGUUGUCUGGAGGACUGGCUGGAUGCCUCUGUAUGUAUGCUGUACUGAAGAUAAAAGUACCUUUUUUAUUAAAAGUGAUGUCUGUUGUA